UUAAGUAGUAGGCUGAGUGUGACGCUCUCAGUCAGAUUACAGACCUGCUCGGACCAACACUUCUGAAGAUAUGGAGUGAAAUUAAAAAGAGUGGAUAAUUUAGAGGAGUUUAAAAUCUUUCUGUAUUCUCGAAAUGUCCAAUAUUAUUUCACAGACUGAACUAAAGUGACUGAAAAGGAGAAUUAAAGAGACGGUUGGAGCAUUUCAUCUCUCACCACAGCUACAUUCAAGUGACCUCAGCCAUGGAUUACUUCGCUAUCAGACCCUUCUGGAACCUUGUACUUGCCCUGGUUGUUGCACUUGUGCCUGGCUCAACAGGGGCACCACAGGGUUGUGGUUCCAACGUGAGCGCUCUCUACUAUAACCUCUGCGAUCUUGGCGUAGUGUGGGGCAUCGUGGUGGAGGCAUUUGCCGCGGCCGGAGUGUUGUUGUGUCUUAUAUUGCUGAUGGUUGUCCUUGCCAACCUGCCAUUUAUGUCAGAUAAGCGGCGGAGCAGAUCAGUACCAUUAGAUGUUGGCUUACUUGUGGGCACUCUGGGUCUCUUUGGGCUGACAUUUGCUUUCAUCGUGGACAAGGACUUUGCUACAUGUUCCUCACGCCGCUUCCUGUUUGGUGUGUUAUAUGCAGCCUGCUUCUCCUGCCUUCUUAUGAAAGCCAUAAAUCUGAACAUCCUGUCCAGACACAACAAGGGACCCCGAUCCUGGGCACUAUGCCUUGGAGCCUUGGCAUUUUGGUUGGUUGAAGUGAUCAUCAACGUCGAAUGGUUGAUUAUCACCUUGGUCCGUCAAUCAAUCAGUCAGCCCACCAAUCAAUCAGUCACCCCUGAGCCAUGCUCGAUUGCCAAUGAAGACUUUGUAAUGGCUCUCAUUUAUGUUAUGGCCCUCCUGGUGGCUGUCUGUGUGGUAUCCACAGCAGUCCUGUGCGGCAAGCACCGGCGCUGGCACAAAGACGGCGUCUUCAUCAUGCUCACUGGAAUCUUCUCACUGGGCAUUUGGGUGGCAUGGAUCGUCAUGUACACUUAUGGCAAUAACAAGCAUGGUAAUGCUAAGUGGGACGACCCGACCCUCGCUAUAGCACUGGUGGCCAAUGCUUGGACGUUCCUUCUACUUUACGCAGUGCCCGAGCUGUGCCAGGCGACUCACGACUCGGAGGCAGAAUCAGCCCUCCCUGCAGAUGUCUAUUCAAACCAUGCCGUGGGUUAUGAGAACAUCCUGAAAGACCAAAGCUCCCAGAACAUGUUUAUGGAAAAUAAGGCCUUCACUAUGGACGAACCCAAAGCAGGUAAUAAGCCAGUGUCUCCAUACAGCGGCUACAACGGACAGCUUCGCAGCCCUGUGUACCAGCCCACCGAGCUCGCAAUUAUCACCAAAGGCAUAACAAAUAAGGACUGUCUGUAUGAUACUUCGAUCCCACGAGCCUCUCUCGCCACUUCACCCAGUCCGAGCGGCAGCAUCGGCCCGACCCUGUCCAACACUGGACAGGACCUCGUCACUAAUGGUAAUGGCUUGCACUGGAAAUCACAGUGGUGAAUCUAGCCGAGACUUCCUGCUCCGGAUGCCUUACUCCUGUUCUUUUUCUCAACAAAGUUUCAGUAUGUUUUCACCUCGGCCAUGGAUCUUAGAAGCUUCACCUUGGAACGGCGAGGUGUCCAUUUGCCCAACAUAGACAAUAUAUGGGCAUUUUGUCCACAGUGACACUGAAUAAGAAAUUCAGCCCAGGAGAUGAGACUGUACACUUGAAUGUAGGACAUGGAGACUGUUCAUGUAUUACCCGGUGGCUGCUUUAACUACUAUAGUACUAUGCAUUUAGAGAAAGGAGAGAGAAUGGAUAAUGAAGGGCACUUGAAUUUGUAUUUAACAAUGUGAAGUAAUCAGCCUGUUAUUAGAUCCCGACACUCUCUGGAAAAAAAAAAAGUUACUUUACCUUUGCUUGUUGCUGGGGUGUUAACCUUAAGAGUACAUCUUUUGUACCUUUUUUAAUCUCUCUCUCUCUCUCUCUCUCUCUCUCUCACACGUACACCUGGAAGCAUGGAUGUAUGAACAUGACUGUUCGUUUCAUGGUACAAACACUUGUUGAUCCCUUUGAAAAUAAUUCCUCUGUAAUUUUAGUAUGCAUCGUUCAUCUUGUAAAGUUAAGGUACAUAAUUAGACCUUGAGGACCACUGUUGUAGCUUGAGAGCGUAUUUACUUUUUUUUUUUUUCCUGACAGUGUAGCUUGCAGCAACAUUUCUGUAUGCUAGGUAUCUUAUGAUUUUUUUUUUUCUGUUUAUCAUGCCUGUUUGAAUCACUGUAUUGUAAAGUUUUAAUCCUGAAAUGUGUUCAGUAUUGCAACACAUUAUUCACAGAGCUUUCUUAAAUGAUUGUAAUAAUUCCAGGUGAUAAACUGGGUUGAAUAACAUCCACGUGUGUGUGUGUACGCAUAAUCACAAAGUAAAAA